AAUAUAUAGUGAAUUCUCGUGGAGUGAAGCUUUUCACGUGCAGAUGGGCACCUGCAAAUGUGGAGCCAAAAGUUUUGAUUUUCUUAUGCCAUGGCUAUGGCAUGGAGUGCAGCAUCUCAAUGAGAGGUUGUGCCACGAGGCUGGUUAAGGCCGGGUACGAAGUUCAUGGCAUCGACUGUGAAGGCCACGGAAAGUCGUCUGGGCUGCAAGGACUCAUCACCGAUUUUGAUCAUCUUGUCGAUGAUUUAACCGAACAUUUCACUAAUAUUUCUGAAAAAAGAGAAAAUAGGAAAAAAUCAAGAAUUCUAAUGGGCGAGUCCAUGGGCGGGGCUAUGGUUUUAAGGCUUCAUAGGAAAAAGCCCGAAUAUUGGGAUGGCGCAGUGCUCGUUGCACCCAUGUGCAAGAUUGCUGAUAAUGUUAGACCAAGCCCAUUGGUGAUCAAGAUUUUGACUGGUUUGGCUCAUAUUAUCCCUACCUGGAAACUUACUCCAACUCCAGACAUAAUUGACAGUGCCUUUAGAGACCCACAAGUUGUAAAGGAGGUUAGAUCCAAUCCAUACACAUACAAAGGCCUGCCCCGUCUUCAAACAGCCUCCCAAUUGUAUAAAGUCAGCACGGAUUUAGAAACAAGACUUGAUGAGGUAUCCUUGCCGUUCAUCGUCCUUCACGGAGAAGACGAUAAAGUCACCGACCCGUCUGUGAGCAAAGACCUGUAUGAGUCAGCUCGUUCGUCAGACAAGACUUUCAAGUUGUACCCUGGAAUGUGGCACUCUCUGUCCUAUGGCGAGCUGCCGGAAAAUCUGGAUAAGGUAUUUUCCGACAUUGUUGGGUGGCUCGAUGGAAGGUUUUCCGACAGAAAAGCCCAGCUGGAAGAGCAGCAGAAGUUUGCGAAUGAUCAAAAGAUUGGAUCCAAGUGAAGAAGAAAGUUAAUGUUAAAACUGGAAAUUUUUUAUGUGUGUGUUUGUUUCAUACAGAUUGUGAUCACUGUGUGAAUUGUGAUUGAAUUUUUCUAUUGAUUGCCAUCAUUUGGAGUGCUAAUACUGUAAAAAUUAUGAAGUUUUUGCAUACCGUUGAAAAAUUCUUAAUGAAAUGUACUGUGUACGGGAAUUGUGGAUGUCCACCAAGAUUUGGAUGUUAUUUGUUUCUUAACAGAAAAUUAGUCUGCUUGAAUAUUUGUUAUGUUAAGAGUUAAGAAUGUAAUUGGGUCAACGUUUUGAUUACAUAAAUAAAUAAAAGAUUCAGAUACCAGUGAUUCAUUCAACUUGGCUAACUUAGUGAUAAUCACGACAAUUUAAUGAAAUUG